UCUCAUCCUUUGCUUUUGAAAAGCUUGCGGACAUCAAGUGGGGCGUCAUCGGAAUUAAGUACCGCAGGGUCCCGUGCGACUACCAGCCCGCUAAGCGCGCCUACCUGCCCAGCGGAGCGACGGCCGUGAAGGACUCCCAGUCGGCCCCUUGGAACUGGGACUCGUCCAAGGACAAGCGCUGGGCCCUGUGGUCGCAAUCCAAGUCCUGGAACCUCGGUGGCUCCAGCUCCAGCAGCUCUAGCUCCGUCUCGUCCUCUUCUAGCUCAAGCUCUUCUUCUAGCUCCUCCGUCAGCGUCAGCUACAACUCCGGCAGCCAGCAGUCGGUGGGUCAGCAGUCUUCCGUCACCAAUGCCUACUACGGAGGCUUCAUGCAGGGCUGGAGUGACAGCGGCAGCUGGAGCAUCAGCAAGUGGGGUCGCGAUUCUUCUUGG